CGCGAGCCCCUCGAGACCUAGAACAGCGAUUCGCAUCUAAGCACCCGCCGAGAUGUCCUACCCGGGCCAAGGUUACCAUCACGGUCAUCACCCCGGAGGCGGAAGCUAUGGAGGCGGCUACGGCGGCUCCCCUCCUCAGCAACAGUAUGGCGGCGGCGGAUAUGGGCCACCACCACCGCAAGCGUAUGGCGGCUACGGCCCGCCUCCUGGGCAGUACUACCCCCCGCCCAGUGGCGGCCCCAGUAAUGGCCUCGGAGGAGGCUUUGCUGCUGGCCCGCCCCAGCAUAUGUUCUCUGGAGGCCCGCCGAUGGGGUACGGCCGUCCCGAAGGCCCCGUCGGUCCGUCCGAGUACCAAAACGGCCCGGUGAGGUACGAACGUCCGACGAACAUGACGAUGGACAAUGGCAUGCACUACGAGUACUCUGCCAUGAAUGGAAAGCGGAAAGCGCUUCUGAUCGGCAUCAACUAUGUCGGCACCAGCUCGGCGCUGCGAGGAUGCUGGAACGACGUUGAUAACAUGAAGCAGUUCAUCAUACAGCGCGCCGGGUACAAGCCCGAGGACAUGGUCAUACUUUCAGAUCGCGAGCAGGAUCCGCGCUCCAUCCCCACGAGGGCAAACAUGACCGCCGCGAUGCAGUGGCUCGUCCGAGGCGCACAGCCGGGCGACGCACUAUUCUUCCACUACUCUGGGCACGGCGGCCAGGCGAAAGCGACGCAAGGCGAUGAGGCGGAUGGAAUGAACGAGACGAUUAUCCCUCUUGACUAUGAGCAAGUAGGACAGAUGGAGGACGACGAGCUGCACGAGCUGCUUGUGCGACCAUUGCCCAUUGGGUGCCGUCUGACCGCCCUCUUCGAUAGCUGUCACUCUGGAACAGCGCUGGACCUGCCUUAUGUAUACGCGACGAGCGGCAAGAUCAAGGAGCCGAACGUGUUCACCGACGUCGGCAAGGGUAUCCUCGGUGCUGCGAUGGAAUACGCACGCGGCGACGUGAUGGGGAUGGCCAAGGGCCUCUUCUCGACCUUCAAUACGGCGCGCAACACCAACUCGGCCGAGGAUAUCACCAAGCAGACCAAGUCGUCUGGCGCAGACGUCGUCAUGCUCUCCGGGUGCAAGGACAGCCAGACCUCCGCCGACACCGUCGAGGCGCACAAGGCGACCGGCGCCAUGAGCUGGGCGUUCAUCAAAGUGCUCACAACCUACCCGCAGCUUACGUACCUCCAGCUGCUCAACUGCACCCGAGACGAGCUCGCAGCCAAGUACUCGCAGAAACCUCAAAUGAGCAGUUCGCAUCCGUUGGAUCUGAACCUUUUGUUUGUAAUUUGAAGCUUGCGAACAUCUCAUUCGUGCAAAUGGAA